ACACACGUGUCAAGCAUUCGAACCAAUUCGAACAACCGUUGAUACCACGGCGCAUGCUCAACGCGCUGGAUUUGUGAUUUUUGACGUGAUGUUUGUUGACUCGCAAAACGAGACAUCAUAUACGGUGCAGAACAAGCAGUGACAGAAAAGGAGUGAUUCGCGUGAUAAAACAAUUAGUAUUUCAUUUCAUUAUGACUGAGGAACGAAAAAUGUUAACGUAUCGUUACGUGCCAGCGGUUCAUUUUCAUUAUACAGUGAAAAAUCAUGAGAAUCCCUCAGAAUUCGAUAAUAUUCUUGGAGAAAAGUGGGAGGAGGCGGAAGAACACGGAGUUUUCAGAUACAAACUGAGAAUAAAAUCAAAAAUACUACCAGGUCGAUACAAAUUUUUGGCUCAGCUCAAUUGUGAGAGAGGAACAAAGAGACGUCCUCCGGAAAGUAUCGAAUCCAUGUCCCAACCGUUUCAUCGCGAUCGAUUCAAUUUUACAAAAUUAAACGCAAGCGAGAUAUUGCUGAAUAUCGAAGAUGAGACUACUGGAAACUAUGAGAUAGCUGUAAAUGCGAGCCCCAUAGAAUACGCACAUUGUUUAUUUCUGCCGAAUCGAAUGGCUUGUUUGCCUCAAAUAAUAACCGAAGCCAGCCUCUUCAAAGUCCUUGAUUUAUUGCUACUGAGCAAUUCACCAUAUCUGAGGAUAAUAUUCAAUAGUUUGGGUGCUCAUGCCUCCGUCAAUCAUCUCCACUGGCAUUUGUAUUAUCUGAAAUAUGAGAUGUUGCUCGAACAUAUAGAGUUGCAAGGAUUGGAGGGUCCUCUAUUCGCAUUGGAAAAUUAUCCGGCAAAAGGGUUUUGUUUCAAAUUAUCAUCCUUUGUGGAUCGUGAUGUGAAAAGUUUUGCAUCGUGGGCCUAUUUCCUGAUAAACUAUCUGCAGCAGAACGAAAUUCCCCACAACGUUUACAUAACGAGAGCAAAAACUGAUCGACAGGACGAGUAUUACGACGAUAUUCGAAUUUAUAUUUGGGCGAGGAAAGCCAGUUUUGGAAUUAAAAACACGGAAAUUUUCAUUCCCGCGGUUAGCGAAUUAUUCGGACAUCUGAUUAUACGAUCCAAAGACGAUUUCGAAAAUUUGACCGAAGAAACAGUCGUACCUUUGUUCAAUGACGUCACGGGGGAAACUUUCGAUGCAACUAAGAAGGAGAUCGUCGACAAAAUCGCCACUAAAAUUGGGGCAAAAAGUUGACGAAUCAAAAAGAAAUGAAUUUGUCAGCCCGACAAUUUCAUCGCAUCUCUAGGAGCGCAAUUAUUCGAACGAAAUGUAUGGGAAAUAAAGAAGAUUAUGGAAAA